CUUAGUCGCGCGUCGACUGAAGCGCGGCAGGAUGGCGGAAUUGGUCUCUUUUACGGUUCCCACCGAGAGUGACAAAACUUUGCUGGUGUGGCAGCUGAAUUCUGGACCCACGGCCGAAGCCUUGCGUGUUCGUCUCGGCACCAAACAUAAGGCGGUUCAACAUCAGGCCCUUGCCCUAAACAGCUCCCAAUGCCAAGAAUUGGCAAAUUAUUACUUUGGUUUCAACGGAUGGUCAAAAAGGAUCAUCAAGCUUCAGGAUCUUUCUGACCUUGAAGAAGGGAGAAAUGAAGGUACUGCAGCACCACUUCAGAAGCAGAGCCUGAAAUUCUUCUGUGCUCUAGAGGUGGUGUUGCCAUCCUAUGGGUGCCGGAGUCCCGGAGUCGGCAUGGCCGAGGAGCCUUUGGAUAACCUGGAGGAAGGGCCAUUAUCAUUUCUUAUGAAAAAGAAGACAACCCAGAAGCUUGCUAUUCAGAAGGCUGUGUCAGACGCAUUCCAGAAACUGUUGAUUGUGGUUUUAGGUAAGACUUAUUUGAUUGUCCUUACAGUACAUCAGUUUCAAUGA